AGUGUUGGAAUGCAAUCUUAGCAAAGAAGCCCUCGCUGUUCAGCUCGGAUAGAAAGAAUAGACAGCCGGACUGUGAAAAAUGCAUCAAUUUACUGUGGUGCCAGUAGAAGAACAGCAUACCUCAGAUUAUGAUAGCUUGGAAGGACUGACUUGGGUUGAUUACAGAGAGGCCAGGCAUUGUUCACGAGAUCCAAACGAUACAGUCAGCUCUGAUGGUCAUGGAUACCACAAAGAAGAUAGUCCUUUCCUUAACAACGCUGACACUUCAAGAGGACACGAAUAUUAUGAUAGAAACCUGGCCUUAUUUGAGGAGGAAUUGGACAUCCGACCAAAGGUAUCAUCACUACUCAGCAGAUUAGCUAAUUACACAAACAUUACUCAGGGAGCAAAGGAGCAUGAGGAAGCAGACGGUGCAGAGAGUUCAAAGAAAAAAACAACCAAGACUCCAAGUAUGGGCACUCUUAUGGGAGUGUAUCUGCCUUGUCUACAGAAUAUCUUUGGAGUCAUACUAUUUUUACGUUUGACAUGGCUUGUUGGAAUUGCAGGGGUCUUGCAAUCGUUUUGUAUGGUGUUCAUGUGUUGCUGCUGUACUAUGUUAACAGCCAUAUCAAUGAGUGCCAUAGCAACAAAUGGAGUUGUACCAGCUGGUGGUUCUUAUUUCAUGAUUUCAAGGUCACUCGGUCCUGAGUUCGGGGGUGCUGUGGGCCUUUGUUUCUAUCUUGGAACAACUUUUGCAGGAGCCAUGUACAUACUUGGUGCCAUAGAAAUUCUACUGGCCUACAUUGCACCCAAAGCAGCAAUAUUUAAGCAUGUUGAACCGCAUGAAGAAACCACUGCUCUGCUUAAUAACAUGAGAGUCUAUGGAACAAUUUUCCUCACUUUCAUGUGCCUGGUCGUUUUCAUUGGUGUCAAAUAUGUUAAUAAGUUUGCAUCUUUAUUUUUGGCCUGUGUGAUAUUAUCCAUCUUGUCCAUUUAUGUGGGUGUCAUUAAAUCUGCUGUUCAUCCUCCAGAAUUUAAAAUUUGCAUGUUGGGAAAUCGAACUCUCUCCAGAAAUCUGUUCGAUGUUUGUGCCAAAACCACAAUUGAAAACAACACCGUUGUGACCACCAAACUGUGGGACAUGUUCUGCACUAGCAAUGUCACGGAUAGUUGCGAUGAAUAUUUUGUUCGAAAUAAUGUCACAGAAAUCCAAGGAAUUCCAGGAGUGGCAAGUGGUGUAUUAAAAGAAAAUCUAUGGAGCAACUACAUGAGCAAAGGGGAGGUGCUUGAAAAGCGGUCUUUGUCAUCUGUUGAAGCUGCUGGAUCAAGGAAAAAUCUGGCUGUGUAUGUUUUUGCAGACAUCACUACUACCUUUACCAUGUUGGUUGGGAUUUUCUUUCCUUCAGUGACUGGUAUCAUGGCUGGUUCCAAUAGAUCAGGAGAUCUGAAGGAUGCACAGAAAUCUAUUCCUGUUGGUACAAUCUUUGCUAUUGCUACAACAUCACUGAUUUACUUGAGUAGUGUGAUAUUAUUUGGAGCCUGCAUUGAAGGUGUUGUGCUUUGUGAUAAGUAUGGUGAUGCAGUGAGGAAAAAUCUGGUAGUCGGAACUCUAGCCUGGCCCUCUCCCUGGGUUAUUGUGAUAGGUUCCUUUUUCUCAACAUGUGGAGCUGGUUUGCAGAGUUUAACUGGAGCUCCACGGUUAUUGCAAGCAAUAGCUAAAGACAAUAUCAUCCCUUUCUUGAGGGUAUUUGGCAAUGGAAAAGUCAAUGGAGAACCAACCUGGGCUCUUCUUUUGACAGCCAUCAUUGCAGAAUUUGGAAUACUCAUUGCUUCACUUGACAUGGUGGCUCCCAUUCUUUCAAUGUUUUUCUUAAUGUGUUAUUUGUUUGUUAAUCUGGCCUGUGCAGUUCAGACGCUUCUACGAACACCCAACUGGCGUCCCAGGUUUAAAUAUUAUCAUUGGGCUUUGUCUUUUUUAGGAAUGAGCAUGUGUCUUGCAUUAAUGUUCAUUUCUUCGUGGUAUUAUGCUCUUGUGGCCAUGGUCAUUGCAGGAAUGAUUUACAAAUAUAUUGAGUACCAGGGUGCCGAGAAAGAGUGGGGUGAUGGCAUCCGUGGUCUGUCCCUAAGUGCAGCUCGUUAUGCAUUACUGAGAUUGGAAGAAGGUCCUCCUCACACUAAGAACUGGCGGCCUCAGCUAUUAGUUAUGUUGAAACUUGAUGAGGAUCUUCAUGUGAAGCAUCCGAGGUUGCUAACAUUUGCUUCCCAGUUAAAAGCUGGCAAAGGUCUUACAAUUGUUGGUUCAAUCAUUCAAGGCAAUUUCUUGGAAAAUUAUGGAGAAGCACAAGCUGCUGAACAGACAAUCAAAAACAUGAUGGCAAUUGAAAAGGUUAAAGGAUUUUGCCAGGUUGUGGUUUCUUGCAAGAUUCGAGAGGGCAUUGCUCAUUUAAUUCAGUCGUGUGGACUUGGUGGAAUGAAGCAUAAUACAGUGGUCAUGGGUUGGCCUUAUGGCUGGAGGCAGAGUGAAGAUCCCAGAGCUUGGAAAACAUUCAUAGACACAGUAAGAGUCACCACAGCAGGUCACCUUGCUCUAUUGGUGCCAAAAAACGUUUCCUUGUUCCCAAGUAACCAUGAACGCUUUACUGAAGGUUACAUUGAUGUUUGGUGGAUUGUGCAUGAUGGAGGCAUGUUGAUGCUUCUUCCAUUUCUUCUCCGUCAACACAAGGUCUGGAAGAAAUGCAAAAUGCGCAUUUUCACAGUAGCCCAAAUGGAUGACAAUAGUAUUCAAAUGAAGAAGGACCUUGCAAUUUUUCUUUAUCACCUGCGGAUUGAAGCAGAAGUUGAAGUUGUUGAAAUGCAUGGCAGUGAUAUUUCAGCUUACACAUAUGAAAGGACUCUCAUGAUGGAACAGCGGUCACAAAUGUUAAGGCAGAUGCGGUUGUCCAAGACUGAGAGGGAAAGAGAGGCUCAGUUAAUAAAGGAUAGAAAUUCAUUAAUCCAUCCAAUUCACGUGUACAUGGAUGAGGAGGAAGAGAUGCACAUUUAUCCUGAGAAGGUACAGAUGACCUGGACAAAAGAAAAGUGUGAAUCUGAAAGAAACCGAAGUGGCGCUGCCACCCCAAACAGUUUCAGAGAAUUAAUCAGUAUUAAACCAGACCAGUCCAAUGUAAGGAGAAUGCACACAGCGGUGAAGCUGAAUGAAGUCAUCGUAAAUAGAUCCCAUGAUUCCAAACUAGUUUUGCUUAACAUGCCUGGACCACCAAAAAAUCAAGAUGGAGAUGAAAACUACAUGGAAUUCCUGGAGGUACUUACAGAAGGUCUGGAGAGAGUAUUGUUGGUACGUGGUGGUGGCUGCGAAGUUAUCACUAUUUAUUCUUGAACAUGACUACUUUCUCAACCAGUAUGGAAACAUGACCACAGAAAACAUUCCAAAAACUGUGUCUUUUGAUGAACAUUUUUUUUUAUUGGUCAGACUUCAGACAAAAUCUCGUUGGUCAUAUUCCAAGUCCCGUGUCAAUUGAAGCUUUAUUAACAAUGUCUAAUAUCAGAGUUCAGAGCUGCUGAUUGCAAUUUGAAUAAACAAUGCUACGGUGUAAUAGUCGAUUAAAAUAUGAAAGGAGUACCCUAGUUAAAAGGUAUACAGUACUGAAUACCUUUUCUAAAAUACGAUUGCAGUUUGGCUUUGGAAUAGAUGUCUGAUGUGUCAGUAUUGAGCUUUGCACUGCUUUUAUAUUUCAGCUAAGUCUAAAUUUAUAUAAAUUAGCUGCAGUGGUAGUUUAACUGUAUUGCAGUCCCAAAACGUUGUACACAAUGACACAGCUGGUGGUCACAUAUUGCAGUGGUGUCUCCAAUGCCACACUCUCUGUAUUACAUAAUGUGGAUUUUAAAAUAUUUUAACAGGUUUGUUAUCAAAUAACUUUCAAGUCUUUUGCAUAGUAGAUGCUAAUUAUGAAGUAAUGGGAUCCAAACUGCCUAGCUAUAUCUUCCAAGGUUGGGAUGCUGUUUAUGGCAAAGACAAAUUUAUUUAUUUUAGUAUUUAUUAAUUUUCAUUGUUGUCCAAGAUAGAAAGUGCUGUCUUUUCCUGCAGAAUAUAAUUAGGACCAUCAGUUGGUGGACUGUACUUAUUGAGUAUGCUGCACCCAGGCAUGCAGAGUCUGCAGUUGGUGUGCUGGAGAUGGAAGCUUGUAAUUGCACAAGUAAAGGAGCUGCUAAAUGUUUAGUUUAAAAUUUCACAAUACGCUUAUCAGCUGUAAAAUUAUCCUAAUUUUUUGGAGCUGUUCUAUUACUAUAAUGUGCUUUUGUUUAUCAUAUUAAAAGUAAAUAGUCAUCAAAAAUGUUAUUUUUCUCAAUAAAGUACUGUAUA